UGAUUUACAAAAACAUAUAUACUCGAGAGAGCAGAUCCAUACGAAUCAUAUCUAUACAUACAAGGAAAGCUAUAUUAACUUUGCUGAUCUUACGGGAUUGACAUAUUGACCAAACAGCUUCACGGCCAAGUCACCUAUAACCAUGACGAAACCAACUGCAAUUAGAGUAAACCGAUAGCUAACCUGAAACCAAUCUCCAACAAUAAUGCCGCUUAAUCAAAAAGUUCCGACUUGGUUCGUUGUUCCGGCUGUGCUGGCCGUCUUGUCCUUAAUCUUGUAUCGGAUCACAAUUGUGCCGGGAGAUAUAGAGGGCGCCAAAAAUAUAUUGGCAUUGGCUAAGACCAUUCCAACUCCUGUUGUUGGACCUGAGAGCAUUGAGUUUGACCCACAAGGAGAAGGUCCUUAUGCUGCCAUGGUGGACGGCCGUAUUCUCAAGUGGCUCGGCGAUGAUCUCGGCUGGGUUGAGUUUGCAUACACAUCUCCUCGCAGAGGGAACUGUUCAAGAUAUGACGUGGUGCCUACUUGUGGAAGGCCAUUGGGACUUACUUUUGAGAAGAAAACGGGAGAUUUGUACAUCUGCGAUGGUUACUUGGGGCUCAUGAAGGUUGGACCACAGGGAGGCCUGGCCGAGUUACUUGUUGAUGAAGCCGAAGGUCGUAAAAUUAUGUUUGCCAACCAAGGGGAUAUGGACGAAGAGGAUGAUGUCUUCUACUUCAAUGAUAGUAGUGACAAGUAUCAUUUCAGGGACGUAUUUUUGGAGGGUGUCAGUGGUGACCCAUCAGGAAGAGUGAUCAGAUACGAUAAGAAGACGAAAGAGGCCAAAGUUGUCAUGGACAAUCUUCGUUGUAACAACGGUUUGGCUCUAAACAAAGACCGGUCUUUCCUAAUUACAUGUGAGUCUGCCACGAGUCUUGUCCACAGAUACUGGAUCAAAGGUCCCAAGGCCGGGACUCGUGAUAUCUUUACGAAAGUCCCGGGUUAUCCCGACAACAUCCGGUUGACAUCAACGGGAGGCUUUUGGAUUGGUAUACAUUGCAAAAAGAACUUAAUAGGGAAACUGAUUUUGAGAUACAAAUGGCUUGGAAAAUUGGUUGAAAAGACAGUAAGUCUGAAGUACGUGAUUGGUUUUAUCAACGGAUUUAAGCCGCAUGGGGUUGCCGUGAAAAUAUCCGGAGAGACGGGAGAAGUUCUUGAGGUACUUGAAGACAAAGAAGGAAAGACAAUGAAGUAUGUAAGCGAGGCUUAUGAGAGAGAUGAUGGAAAGUUAUGGUUUGGGUCUGUUUACUGGCCAGCCAUAUGGGUUCUUGAUCGCAAAUGAGUGAUCAUGUUGUAUUUUACUUGUGAGUUUUGAAUUUUAAUAAAUGUGUAUAUAUUUUAAAUCAA